AUGGCUGCUUCUUCAUCAAAACAACUAAGGGAGCAUCUCCAAGAGCAACAGGAACCCUUUAUAUUGGACAUUUAUCUUUCAGAAAGGAUGGUGUUGAACAACCACCAAAGAAGACUAUCAAGGAGCAAUUUGAAGAAGAGGAUUUUCAGCACCAAAAAGAUCCUGAAGUUAAUAUUAUACAAGUUCAUUCGCCCUAAUCUCGGCCGGCAGGAUUUCAACUGCCACAAAGCUCACAGACAUGGACUUGCUUCUGAGACAACCGAACAACCACAGCAGAUUGGAGCGUCAAAAAGGCAGAUACAAAUACAGAAGAUAAUAAGAAACUCGACACAAGAUCAACUACUGAGUGAAGCUACAUCAUCAAACACAGGAUGUCAAGAUGAUGAAGAAGAGGAUGACGCAUCAACAUCAAGCACCGCUUUGACCAAAAAUGUUGAGGAAGACUCCAUAUUUUCGUCUUUUCUAUGGGAUUUACUAGUUAAGACUCUGCUUGAGAAGCAGAAUCAACCUGGAUUAAUGGAUGUACAGAAGAUGACUUGUCUUGAUUUUUCUGAACUCCUGAAGAACAAGAGGGCAUUGCAGCAAACCAAGCAGCUUCUAUUUGAUUGCAUAAAUGAAGCCAUAAAAAUACAUGAUACGAAGAGUAGGAAUAAGAAGUAUAAUCGAGAAUUCAUGGGCUUACAAGAACAUGGAAACGUCAUCUAUGAGCAAAUUUGCUCAUGGGCAAACCAAAAUUCAGCCCAAAAGACAAAAUUUGAUGUCUCCCUCGUAGUAGAAGGUUGGGAAGAAAUGAAGCGACUAGACAGGAAGAUAGGGACACAGAUAGGAGAUGCAAUCAUGGAUGAAAUGACUCAGGAAGUAAUUGGUCUCUUCUUUCAGUAAAGAACUGUGCACCUUGUCAGUUCAACCACCACGAAAAUUAGGAUGGUUCACCUGCUAAGGCUGUCCUUUAAUUGAAGAUAGCUAGGAUUGGUUCAACUAUCAUGUUCAAUUAUCAAACAGCUGAACAUCAGCUAAACUAAAAGGAUUUCAGCCAUUUAAUUUAAGCUACUUAGUUGCAGGAGUUCAAAAAACAGCAUAAAUAAAUCCAUUUAUAGAUCAUUUAUAAAUCUGAUUAUGAAAUUUAAUAG